CGUCACUUUGGGUCCUGUAGCAUCUGUAGUCGCUCGCAGUUGGUUUAGCAAGUGUUGUUGAUGUGAAUGGACAUAUUAUGCAUUGCUUAUCGGAAAAAAAUAAGUAAUAGUAGUAUGAGGAUGUUGUUGUAUACUGAAAGUGAGGAGAAUUGAUCAAUGAUCAGGAUGAACUCCAGCAAAGAUGGUCUGAUCUCAGUAUACAGCUCGUGGCUGUGCACAUCACAGAACCAGCUGUCCGAUAUUCUUACUACAACACAAGAUAUCAGACUCCGUGAUCACUGCAAGAAUGAGGAUUAUGCAUUUGACCGGUGUAAAGCCAUUUGUCUGGAGAGAGCUGAAGGAGACUCGCCUUGUGUUAUCACACUACAGUGUCUGCCUAACUCGGCAUCAUUGAUCAGCAGUGUUCAGGUUGUCAGUGAAGGCCGUACCAUUGAAGUGUAUUCCGGUUCUGGUGAAUACUGUGGCACCUGUCGUGGGGAGGAAGUUCAAAGAUCCUUCAGUAAUGGGCCUGAGGAAAUGAGGACUUACUACAACAAUUUUCUGGUGUUAGAAAGCCCUGCUACUUCAUGUGAGGUGAAGCUGCUGUCUUUUGGUGGCCGUUCAUCUGUGACUAUCAUCCAUGUGGGUGUGGCACUAGAAACACUUAAGGAAAAGCAGGGUGGCCUGACCAUGGACCCAGGCAUUGACCUGCAACGCGUGCAGGCUAUGAUGCAAGAUAUGGGCACCACCCUUUCACCAGGGGCUCAAAACCUUAUGGAGUUGGUGCAGAGCCAGCAGAAGAAUAAAUCGGACAUGCUGAGUGGAUUCAUUCCUCUUCUUAUGGGAGGAGGAGUUUUGAGCUGUCUGUCACAAGGAGGCGGAGUUUCCAGUACUCCACCGACUGGCCCCGAGCAGCCACUGUCCACCAAAAGUCAAAAUCAGAUCCCAAGUGUCAUGUCGACCGGCCCGAUCAACCCAGAGCUGCUGCCGAUGCUUCAGAGCGUCUGCGGCCAGGUCACACAGCUUCGCCUGGAGGAAGCCACAUCUCCGAAGAGGAAUGGGGAACGGGAGGGUCACAUGUGCUGUGGAGGAUUUGAGAAGAUUCUGGAACAGGUUGUAGAGAAGAGGAUGGAGGAGAUGGAGAGAAGGUUAAAGGAACAUCUGGACCUACGACUGGAUGCUCUUCAGCAGAGUUUGGAGACCACACUUCAGCAGGCACUCUCGCAGAUGCCACACCACCAAUAAACAACAACUUUUUAAAUGAAUGAUUAACUUUUCUAAACAGAGGAACUCAACGCCUGAGCUUUUGCUUCUAAGACACUCAUGUUGUGUAUAGUGAGACUCAUUAACUAGACUCAUCUUCUAUCCUUUUACACUGUAACAGAAAUGCUGUAAUAUUUAUGUUUACUGUUGUUGGCCAAAAAUGCUUUAUGGUUUAAAGCUCUUAUCUUUGAGUCUGUUCCUGGUGAAUAUAUGGUUUUGGGUUGUUCAGUCUUUAAUCCAAAAACUAUAGCAGAUGAUCUUCAUACGUAUUACAUAACCUAAGGAACAGUUAUUGUUUUUUUUUUAAUGGUUAAACUACUGAUAAUUCUAUCAGUAGAUAGAUUAAAGAUACUCAUGCUGCUACAUUAACAAUUUAUUCCCAUUCUGACUUCUUCUCACAGUUUGGUAUUAAUGUUAACCACAGUUGAUUGUUGGACAAACACAGUGGUGCACUGGCUGUUUAUGUAACAGAGGUUUUGGUAUUAACUGUGAUUGUGAAUUACCCUUGUUAAAAUGUUAACACUGAUAAUAUUGGUAAACUAAAGGACAAAAAAAUAAAUGCUAUUUAUACUAAGA